AUGAAAUGGAAAGAAAUUAAAGAAGACUUUGAAGCUACCGCCAAACAGAAAAUUUCAAAUAAAAGUUUAAAGAAUAAGUGGGAUGCUAUGAAAAAAGAAUGGAGAACUUGGAAGCAGCUGAAACGUGAAGAAACUGGUUUAGGGUGGGAUCCUAGUACACAUAAGAUUAGUGGCUCUGAUGAAUGGUGGGAGAAAAAAAUCAAGGAGAACUCCGAGUAUAAAAAAUUUCGUAAUAAAUCCAUCGAUCCUGCAAUGGAUGAUUUGUGGUCUAAAUUAUUUGAAGAUAGCUAUGCAAAUGGUGAAGGUUGGGUUGCACCCACUAUGGAUCCUCAAUUAGUGCAACCUGUUGAUAUUGAGGAAGAAAAUAUAGAAAGUGAAGAAGAGAAUAGGACUAGGCAAGGAUUUGAAGAUUUGUUAUAUUCUCAGGAUAACCAACAUUCUUCCCAAUUGCAUGAUUUGGAGGUAGAUGAGUCUUCAUUUUGGAAUAAUUUCAUUGGUGAGGUGAACCAUUGUGUUGGUAACCAGGAUGUUAGUGGUACUCAAGUACCUAGACAAAAUCAAAGUAAUAAUGUUAGAAAAUGUGCAGAAACUCAAAAUAUUGGUCUUAAACCCACUCAGAUGAAGCGUAAGAGGAGACAAUCGGGAGGAGCAGCUCAACUUUCUAGUCAAUUGGAUAGUUUGAUUUCAAAUUCAAAUCGGGCAUUGGACGUUUUAAUAGGGGAUAGUACUGUGAAUACUCAAAGCACUACAACUGUUAGUCUUGCUUCAGCAAUAAGUGUUAUUAACCGCAUGGUUACUGAUGGUAUUAUGGAAAAAGGUGGAGAUUUAAAAGCUUGGUUGAAGUACAAUAUUGAUGAUGACUUCUCUAGAAAAGCUUGGUUGAAGUAUAUGCAUGAUACAAGCUUCUCUAGAAAAGCUUGGUUGAAGUAUAUGCAUGAUACAAGCAAAGGACAAGAAUGGAUGAGAGAAGUCUUGAAUGGACAUCCUAUUCGAUGUGUAAAUGCAUUUAGAAUGGACUCCGCUUUGUUUAAGCAAUUAUGUGAAGACUUAUAUUCAAAAUAUGAAUUACGAUCUACUAGGAAUAUGUCAAUUGUGGAGAAAGUUGGUAUAUUUAUAUAUACACUUGCUAUGGGUGCUUCAAAUAGAGAUGUUGGAGAGCGAUUUCAACGUUCCGGUGAAACAAUAAAUAGAGCAUUUCAUGAAGUUUUGGAAGCAACUAGUGGUAGGAGUAGGGGAUAUCAAGGGCUUGCACGUGAUAUUACUAUACCGUCUUACAUAACACCAAAUGAUCCUACAUUUCAAGCUAUACCGUCUUACAUUACUAAUGAUGCACGAUACAUGCCAUAUUUCAAGGAUUGUAUUGGAUGUAUUGAUGGUACUCAUAUAGCAGCAUGCAUUCCUGAGGCUGAUCAAUUGCGAUAUAGAGGGAGAAAAGGAAUUCCUACUUUCAAUGUCAUGGCAGCGUGUGACUUUGAUAUGUGCUUCACUUUUAUAUCUGUUGGAUGGGAAGGAUCCGCACAUGAUACACGUGUAUUUGUUCAUGCAAUUAGUACACCAUCAAUGAACUUUCCCAAGCCGCCACAAGGAAGAUAUUAUUUGGUAGAUAAAGGAUAUCCAGAUAAACAAGGAUAUUUGGUACCGUAUCCAAGAAUAAGGUAUCAUCAAUCUCAAUUUGAACAAGAACCGCCAACUAAUGCUCAAGAAGCAUUCAAUCGUGCACAUUCUUCUCUUCGAAGUUGUAUUGAGAGGUCGUUUGGAGUAUUGAAGAAGAGAUGGAAGAUACUUGCUAAAAUGCCACAGUUUAGUGUGGAGACCCAAAUUGAUGUUAUUAUGGCCACAUUUGCCUUACAUAAUUAUAUUCGAAAGAAUUCACAAGAUGACAUGAUGUUUAAUGUGCUUGAGCAGCAUCCAGAUUACAUACCGCCCGAUGAACUUCAAGAUUCAAGUAGUAAUACCUCCACCAACGAAAGUUUAAGUCAGACCUCUACUGAGAUGAAGGAGAUUCGCAAC